CCGCCCCCAACGUAGGAGGAGGAGGCAGCGUUAGCGUAACCCCUCCACCUACGUCACUAGUUUGGAGUUCACAAGAUCUCGCGGAAAAUCGCUCUCUCCCGUCAGAGAAACCCCCGUCUCCUCCAGUCUAGCCAACAUUGAUUGGCUGCGCCUUCGGAAUCUCCAGGGUGACGGGAAACGCGACACCCUCCUCUCAGUAGAAGGUGUGCGUCUGCGCAGUGGCUUGCUUGGAAGGCGGCUGAAACCUAGAGAUGAAGAAAGUUUUUACCCUAUUAGAAAGGUCUUGGCUUGGUAGUCCACUACAAUUUACCUGGCAAAAGACAUUAGGAAACUACCUAGCUGUAACAGGCGCCGAUCAUACUAUAAAAAUCUUUGAUCGUCAUGGUCAAAAAAGAAGUGAAAUUAAUUUGCCUGGCAACUGUGUUGCUAUGGAUUGGGAUAAAGAAGGAGAUACCCUAGCAGUGAUUUCUGAGAAAUCUAGUUUCAUCUAUUUGUGGGAUGCCAAUACCAAUAAAAUUAGCCAAUUGGACAGUGGCAUGAGGGAUCAGAUGUCUUUCCUUCUCUGGUCAAAAUAUGGAGCAUUCUUAGCUGCUGGAACAGUUAAGGGAAAUUUGCUUAUAUAUAAUCGACAGACUUCUAGAAAGAUCCCUGUCCUUGGUAAACAUACUAAACGAAUAACAUGCGGCUGUUGGAGUUCUGAAAAUCUACUGGCAUUGGGAAGUGAAGAUAAAGUGAUAACAGUCAGUAAUCAGGAAGGUGACACCAUAAGACAGACUCCAGUCCGAUCAGAGCCUAGUGAUAUGCAGUUUUCAACAAUGAAGACUGAUGACAGAAACUCUGCUUCUGAAAGCACAAUAAGUGUGGUGGUUGGCAAGAAAACUUUAUUUCUUUUCAAUCUGAAUGAUCCAGAUAGCCCAAUUGAUCUAGAAUUUCAACAGCGCUAUGGCAACAUUGUUUGUUACAGUUGGUAUGGUGAUGGCUAUAUAAUGAUUGGUUUCUCGCGUGGAAUUUUUGUUGUUAUUUCAACUCAUAUUCGAGAGAUUGGUCAAGAGAUCUUUCAGGCUCGUAACCACAAGGAUAAUUUAAGUAGUAUUGCAAUAUCACAAUCCCUUAACAAAGCUGCUACAUGUGGGGAUAACUGCAUUAAAAUCCAUGACCUAUCAGAACUAAAAGAAAUGUAUGCUAUAAUAAACAUGGAUGAUGAAAAUAAAGGGUUGGGCAGUCUAUCUUGGACAGAUGAUGGUCAAUUGUUGGCAGUGUCUACUCAAAGAGGCUCCCUCCAUGUUUUCCUGACCAAACUUCCAGUUCUUGGGGACAACUGCAGCACACGGAUCGCAUAUCUUACCUCUCUCCUUGAAGUGACAGUAGCCAACCCUGUUGAAGGAGAGCUACCCAUUACUGUUUCUGUUGAAGUGGAACCUAACUUCCUAGCUAUAGGCCUUUAUCAUCUGGCUGUGGGAAUGAACAAUCGAGCAUGGUUUUAUGCCCUUGGAGAGGAUGUUGUGAAAAAAUUGAAAGAUGUUGAAUAUCUGGGAACAGUAGCUAGUAUGUGCCUCCACUCUGAUUAUGCUGCUGUACUUUUCGAAGGCAAAAUACAGUUACAUAUGAUAGAAAGUGAAAUUUUGGAUGCUGAAGAAGAGCGGGAGACCCGACUUUUUCCAGAGGUAGACGACAAAUGCCGAAUUUUAUGCCAUGCUUUAACUGGAGAUUUUCUGAUUUAUGGCACAGAUACUGGCGUUAUUAGGUAUUUCUUUAUUGAAGAUUGGCAAUACGUGAAUGAAUAUCGACAUCCUGUUGGCGUGAAAAAAAUUUUUCCUGAUCCAAAUGGGACCAAAUUAGUUUUCAUUGAUGAAAAAAGUGAAGGAUUUGUCUACUGUCCUGUUAAUGAUAUCACCUAUGAAAUUCCAAAUUUCUCACCAACUAUUAAAAGUGUUCUUUGGGAAAACUGGCCAUUGGAUAAAGGCAUAUUUAUUGCCUAUGAUGAUGACAAGGUGUAUACAUUUGUCUUUCAUAAGGAUACUAUACAAGGUUCCAAGGUAAUUUUGGCAGGUGGUACCAAAGUUCCAUUUUCUCAUAAACCAUUGCUAUUAUAUAAUGGAGAACUAACAUGUCAGACACAGAGUGGAAAAACCAACAAUAUCUACCUUAACACCCACAACUUCCUUGGCACUUUUAAAGAUCCUGAGCCUAAUGAGCUGAAACAAAUGCUAACACUGGCUUUAAUGCUAAAAAGGUUUUCUGAUGCAUGGGAAUUGUGCAAAAUCCUCAAUGAUCAAGAUACUUGGAAUGAACUUGCCAGAGCCUGCCUACAUCACAUGGAGGUGGAGUUUGCAAUCCGGGUUUAUCGUACAAUUGGAAAUGUUGGAAUGGUGAUGUCUCUAGAAAAAAUUAAGGGAAUAGAAGAUCACAAUCUUUUAGCAGGACAUCUUGCCAUGUUUACAAAUGAUUUCAGUUUGGCUCAGGAUCUUUAUUUGUCAUCUAUUUAUCCCACUGCUGCAUUGGAGAUGAGACGAGAUUUGCAACAUUGGGACAGUGCUCUACAGCUUGCUAAACGUCUGGCCCCAGAACAAAUUCCAUUCAUAUCAAAGGAGUAUGCAAUUCAGCUUGAGUUCAUGGGUGAUUAUGUAAAUGCCUUGGCUCAUUAUGAGAAAGGAAUAACAGGGGAUAAUAAGCACCUUGAACAUGAUGAAGCCUGUCUAGCUGGAGUAGCUCAAAUGUCUAUUAGAAUGGGAGAUAUUCGAAGAGGGGUCAACCAAGCCAUUAAACAUCCAAGUCGACUCCUGAAACGGGAUUGUGGCACCAUUCUGGAAAACAUGAAGCAAUUUUCAGAAGCAGCCCAACUGUAUGAAAAAGGGCAGUACUAUGAUAAAGCAGCAUCUGUUUAUAUCCGCUGUAAAAACUGGGCAAAGGUUGGUGAACUUCUACCUAAUGUUUCUUCUCCUAAGAUCCAUCUACAGUAUGCCAAAGCUAAAGAAGCAGAUGGAAGAUAUAAAGAAGCAGUUCUUGCUUAUGAGAAUGCAAAACAAUGGAACAGCGUAAUCCGGAUCUACUUGGAUCACCUUAAUAAUCCUGAAAAAGCUGUUAGAAUUGUCAGAGAAACCCAGUCUCUUGAUGGAGCCAAAAUGGUAGCCAGAUUCUUUCUUCAAUUGGGUGAUUAUGGUUCUGCUAUCCAGUUUCUUGUUAUGUCCAAAUGUAAUCAUGAAGCUUUUACCCUGGCCCAGCAGCACAAUCAGAUGGAAAUCUAUGCAGAUAUCAUUGGUUCUGCAGACACAACUAAUGAAGACUAUCAAAGCAUUGCAUUAUACUUUGAAGGAGAAAAGAAGCAUCUUCAGGCUGGAAAAUUCUUCUUCUUAUGUGGUCAAUAUGCACGGGCACUUAAACAUUUCUUGAAAUGCCCAAGCUCAGAAGAUAAUAUGGCAAUAGAAAUGGCGAUUGAAACAGUUGGGCAUGCUAAGGAUGAAGUUUUAACCAAUCAGCUAAUAAACCAUCUCCUUGGUGAAAGUGAUGGCAUGCCUAAGGAUGCCAAAUAUCUAUUCCGCUUGUACAUGGCUCUGAAGCAAUACAGGGAAGCUGCUAGGACUGCUAUUAUAAUUGCCAGGGAAGAACAAUCUGCAGGAAACUAUCGAAAUGCACAUGAUGUUCUCUUCAGUAUGUAUGCAGAAUUAAAAACUCAGAAAAUCAAAAUUCCUUCUGAGAUGGCUACCAACCUUAUGAUACUGCACAGCUACAUUUUAGUGAAGAUUCAUGUUAAAAGUGGAGAUCAUAUGAAGGGAGCACGAAUGCUUAUUCGUGUGGCCAACAACAUCAGCAAAUUCCCAUCACACAUUGUACCUAUCCUGACUUCUACAGUCAUAGAGUGUCACAGAGCAGGACUGAAAAACUCUGCUUUCAGUUUUGCUGCUAUGUUGAUGAGACCCGAGUACCGCAAUAAAAUUGAUCUCAAAUAUAAAAAGAAAAUUGAAGCAAUGGUGAGGAGACCUGACACAUCAGAAGUAGAAGAAGUCUCCACCCCGUGUCCAUUUUGUGAAUUCCCGCUCCCCGAGUCUGAACUCCUCUGCCCUGGAUGCAAAAACAGUAUCCCAUACUGCAUUGCCACUGGUCGGCAUAUGUUAAAAGAUGACUGGACUGUGUGUCCACAUUGUGACUUUCCUGCUUUAUAUGCAGAAUUCAAAAUCUUGCUAACUACAGAAAACACAUGCCCUAUGUGUUCUGAAAGGUUAACCAUUGAUCAGCUUCAAAAAAUGACAGAUUUUGCACUGUACCCCAGAGAAGUGGAGCACUGAUACAUCCAGGUUCUGAAUGGCCCAAUUAGUCAUCAAAUAUACAUGACUGACUCCAAGAUAACAGAGAAACACUUCCUAUGGAACAUGGCUUAAGAGUAUCCAAAUGGAAGAUGUAAUGACAAUAUAGUAAUGAUGUUUUUAACAGCUUUCACAGAGGAUUGUCCUUUACAAGAGUCAUCUUAAGAAACUAUUCUUCAGUGGUGAUGCCAUCAUUCAAAACUUUCUUGGAAAUCUUUAUUGUGAAUUGCAAUUAGUCAGUUUAUGAAUCAUACAAGAAAAUUGAUCUUGCUUUUUCAAUUCAACAAAAAUUGAUUAAGUCUCUGCUCUAUGCAGAGCAUUGUGCUUAAGCACCAAAUUUAUACAAAUAAUAAUUUGGAUAUUUACAUAGCACUUUAAAUGUUUAUAACAUAUUCAUUUGAUCCUUGCGACAGCCUGGUGGGGUAAGCACCACAUGUUUUCCCAUUUUACAAAUGAGGGCACUAAUGCCCAAAGGCUAAAUGUUUAUUGUUUGGCAGCAUGCAACUAGUGUCAGAGAUGGGAUUUGAACCCAUGUUUCUCCUGACUAAGCUCAGCAUUGUAUUGUGCUCCACUCAUCAUCAUGAACCCAACUCAAUAAGCAUUUGUUACACACCUAAGGGCACGUACUGUGCUAAGCAGUGGAGCUUCAGAUACAAAAAAGCUCCCAGCCCUCAGGGAGUCUGUGUUCUCUUGGGGACAGAACACAUGAAUAACUUGAGAGACAGCAGAGACAAUCAAGGAACACUUUGUGGCGGGGGUGCCUAGGCUAAGCCUUGAAGGAAAACCAGUGAGUGCUAACCCUGGGGACCAGCCCGUGCAAAGGCGUGGGAGGCCCAAGAUGUCACAGUCAGGAAGCAGUUCCAGGGGUGGGAUUAGACAAUAAUGAAGUCCAGACAGGGAGAGGCCCCGAGGACCAGGGGCAGCAGGCCUGUCUCCUUGGGCCUUCCAUGGUGAUCACCAGACUGACGCUGGGACAGGAGAGCUGCUGAGGAGAGAUCUGCCCUCUGCUGCGUACAGCCAGGAGGACGGUGAGAUGCCAGGGCUUCUACACUCCCUCAAUACUCCUCAAUGGUCGAAAACAAAUUCCUGAAGUUAGAAAGCAAGCUUAUUAAGGAAUCCUUAAUUCUUUGAACUCUUGGCUUGAACAGGCUACUGAUUUCAUACUUUAUUGUCAUUACUUAUUUCCUAAAACCCCUGGAAACGAUCCUACUUGUUUAAGAAUACCGUAUAGCGGGUAUUUCUAGAGAGCAACCCAACGGCUCUAUCAGCAAGUACAUAUCAUUAACAUGGAUUUCUUUGUUUUGCUAACUGUAUUUCAACAUAAUUUUCUUUUGUAAGCCUAUAUGUUAUUGUAUGCAUUUUAAAAUAUUCUGACAAGGGGUUCACAGGUUUCCCAGUCUUCCAAAGGAGUCUGACACAAAAUAAGGUUAAGGAGCCCUAAACACUUAGCAUCCCAUGUUUGUUAGGUGGCACUGAAUCAAUUUAACACCACAACUGCAUCAUGGGAACAAUUCCAAUGACACAAAUAUACAUAUUAAUUUUUAUCUAAUUGUAUGGUUUUCCUUGGUCCGUCCUGUAUUUCUGAAGUUCUCUUCCCUAGAGGUCUUUAAAGAGACUAAACAACUUUUUUAUUGUCAACAGAAGAUUCAUGUUCACAUACAUCUGUUGCACCCCGACUCCCAAACCCUACAAUUUUUUUAUAGCAUUACUAGUUUUUCCAUAAGUAAUAGAAAGGAACUGGAGUCAACUCGAAUUAUUAGUAGUCUGAAUUAAUAAUAUUCAAACUACUGAUUUUAUUCUUUAAAGAAAAAACAGAAAAUCAUACUUUUUGGAAGCCUCAUUCAAGAAGCUACUUCAAGAGAUAUUUAGCUUCCUUGAAAGAAUUAAGUUUUAUAGUUUGCUUCAGAGAUUCAUAGAAGAAUGCAACUUAAUAGCUCUUAAAAAGCAGUUGCUUUCAACUCUGUCCUACUCACCAUUAUUAAUAUUUAUCUCUCCUCUGACUAAUUUGUUGAACCUUUAUGACUUCCUACCUAUAUUACCUGGCCCUUUCCUGACUACAAAAGAUUCAGCUAGUAGAAAAUGUCUGUUCCCUGUGGAUCGUGCUUCAUUUUGUUGUACUGAGUGGCCACAACAGUAGCAUGACACAUUCUCUGAGAUAAAAGAAAUGGAAGCAAGUAUAAAUAAUAUUAUGACUGUUAAGUUUAGCUUCACUUCCAAUUAAAUAUUUGCAUUUGCUUUAUUCUCUCCUUCGCCUCCAAUUAUGCACUGGAAAAUUUUAAGACUCAGUUAUAACAGAGAAUAGAAGCUAGAUCAUGUUCCCAAGAUAUCUGAAAUGUCUCUCAAGAGGGUUUGCAAACAACCUUUCCUGGAAAUAGUUACAAAGAUGAUGAUAGCUCAAGGUCCUUUUUCAUAUUUUUUUGUUAUCCUGGGUGUACUUUUCACUGCAUGAGUUUUUAACUCCUCUCAAUUCUGUCUCCUGUAUUGUAAUUUUGUAAAUGUUUAUAUUUUGAUAUUUUCAUGUCUUAAAAUUAAAUUGAUGUUUGGUUAUUUGAAA